AUGCUUCCACGUCAAUGCAGUGGUGAGCUGUACCAGGUGCUGGAGCUCGAUGCGCAGUGCACCACGGCUGAGAUUUCGCAGCAGUACCGCCGCCUCGCCCUGCGCUACCACCCCGAUCGCAAUGCAGGUGCCACUGUCGAGCAGUUCCAGCGGAUCGAGGAGGCGCACCGCGUCCUCAGCGAUCUGCGACAGCGUCAGCUGUACGACACCGUCGGUCGCGAAGGCCUGAAGCAGCUCGGCGACUACGGCAGUGGAAUGGUAGGCAGCUUGCUGCUAGCCGUCGGCAACGUUGCCGCAGGAUGUCUUCUCCUCGGCUUCAUGACGGCGUCGCUGUUUAUCGCGCUGCUCAUCAGCUGCUACAAAAUUGACGCGCCACGCGAGUGGCCCUCGUGGGGUGUUGUGCUCAUUCCUGUCUGGUGCUUCCUGCCGGUGCUGCUGCUGGCCAGCCUCACGGUGAUGAUGACGAGUGUGCGCCGUGGCAUGUACAUCCUGCUGCUCCCCAGUGUACGCCUUCUUCUCUGCGUCGUGAUCGCGACGACAACAGCGGCCGCGCUCGAUCACCGCAUCGCCCCUCUCACCGCCUUCAUUCCGUGGCUGAUUUGGUACGUCCUGGGUACGGUGAGUGACCUCGCAAUGCUGGUGCCGACAGUGUACUCGCGCACGCACUCGCCCUUGUUCGGUGAGGGGGAAGACGCCGGCGUCCGCGGCAAUCAUCACACGAACACCUCGGUCGAGGAUCCGUUCCUGUGGCCUGGCAGUGGCCACGGUGAGGCCAGCAGCAUCGAUGAAUCGGAGGCGACUCACAGCAGCGGCGCCGAAGGCGGUUUCGGCAAUGACUCCUUUCUCUCGCAGCCAUGGAAGACGGCGCGGUACUGGCGCGAGGUGGCCGAGGUGUUGUUCGAGGCGGUGUGCGUGUACACCUUCCUUGCCUUGGCGUUUCGACGCGCCGUGCAGCAGCAGGCGUAUCUCGGAAGCCUGCAUUCGCUUCCGCGAAGCAGGGGCACCGCCGGCGACAGCAUCGCUGCCGCGCCUCCCGUGCUGAGCUUCUGGGUGAUUCUCGCGCCGCUGAUGACGUACUUCGGCGUACAUGUGCUGAUCAGCGUGCUCGAGGGCUCUUUCAUGGACUCGACGGUGGCCACAACGCCAGCGUCUCCAGAGGAGACGCCCGUCGCUCAAAGCACGAGCCCCAACGCGGCGGCCCCAUCGUCGUCGCCGCAGCAGUGCACGCACCGUCGCCGUGUCAGUUGCAGGGAGCGCGUCGCCAACGUCAUUCUUCGCGUCUUCCCGUCGGCGUGUGGACUGUACAUGACGUGCAUGUGGGCGAUGAAGGGAGAGUACGAGUACAACAAGCGCACCAGCGGCCCCGACCCGUCGGCGUUCCUUGCUUUCCUCCCCAUCCUUGUCGUUCUCGGGGCCCUGGCCUUCCUUGUCUGCUGCGGCGGGUGUUUGGUGAUGUGCAUUGGUAGCGCCGUGUUCCCCGCAGAGAGCGCGGCGGCCGACUUUGCUGCCACUGGUGGUAGUGGUGCCUCGCACGUUUCCGCGGGGCGCAACAGCAGAGAGAGAAACUACCGCAGCACUGUGUCUCGCACGUCGCCGACCAGCGGUAACCGCAGCCACACUCACGCAAGACCUAGCCAGCAUGCGGGAGGCACCGGCGCGGCUACGCUGCCGAGCUUUCGAGGCGGAAGCGCCACGGAUGUCGCUAUCGAGCAAGUCGAUUAG